CGGGAGCGGGCGGGAGGCGGAGCGGCGCCGCGAGGGCCUCAAGGUGACACCCGCCCCCGGCCCCGGCCCCCCCAGCCCGGCCCCUUCAGCCCGCCCUCCCCCCCAUCCCCCCAUCUCCGGCCUCCCCCGUGCCCUUUCUAGGCCCCCUCCCCCCGGCGGGGGGUGGGGAGCAGAGAGGGCCCCGCCCCUCGCGCCCCCUCCUCAGGGCCAGCACAGGAUGCCCCCGGCCCCUGGCAGCCCCCCGGGAGGUCCUGAGCUCGACGCGCCCCCUCUACGCCAUGUCCCCCCCUGGCUCGGCCGCGGGAGAGAGCGCCGGCGGCGGCGGCGGCGGCGGCGGCUCCGGGGUCCCGGAGGAGCCCAUGGCAGCGGCGGACGAGGGCCCCGCCCGAGAGGAGCAGCGUCCCAUCCAGCCCUCUUUCACCAAAUCUCUCUGCCGUGAGUCUCACUGGAAGUGCCUCCUGCUCUCGCUGCUAAUGUACGGCUGCCUGGGGGCAGUGGCUUGGUGCCACGUCACCACAGUGACCCGCCUCACCUUCAGCAGCGCCUACCAGGGCAAUAGCCUCAUGUACCAUGACAGCCCCUGCUCCAAUGGCUAUGUCUACAUCCCCCUGGCUUUCCUGCUCAUGCUAUACGCGGUCUACCUGGUGGAGUGUUGGCACUGCCAAGCCCGCCACGAGCUGCAGCACCGAGUGGACGUGAGCAGUGUUCAGGAGCGCGUGGGCCGUAUGCAACAGGCCACCCCCUGCAUCUGGUGGAAGGCCAUCAGUUAUCACUAUGUCCGACGAACUCGCCAGGUCACCCGAUACCGCAAUGGAGAUGCCUACACCACCACCCAGGUCUACCACGAGCGGGUCAACACACACGUGGCGGAGGCCGAGUUCGACUACGCGCGUUGUGGCGUCCGGGAUGUGUCCAAGACGCUGGUGGGGCUGGAGGGCGCGCCGGCCACGCGGCUGCGCUUCACCAAGUGCUUCAGCUUCGCCAGCGUGGAGGCUGAGAACGCGUACCUGUGCCAGCGCGCGCGCUUCUUUGCCGAGAACGAGGGCUUGGAUGACUACAUGGAGGCGCGAGAGGGCAUGCAUCUCAAGAACGUGGACUUUCGCGAGUUCAUGGUGGCUUUCCCCGACCCGGCUCGGCCGCCCUGGUACGCCUGCUCGUCGGCCUUCUGGGCGGCAGCCCUGCUCACGCUGUCGUGGCCGCUGCGCGUGCUGGCCGAGUACCGCACGGCGUAUGCGCACUACCACGUGGAGAAGCUCUUCGGUCUGGAGGGACCGGGCUCGGCCAGCAGUGCGGGCGGCGGCCUGAGUCCCAGCGACGAGUUGCUGCCCCCGCUCACGCAUCGCCUGCCGCGGGUCAACACGGUGGACAGCACCGAGCUCGAGUGGCACAUCCGUUCCAAUCAGCAGCUGGUACCCAGCUAUUCGGAGGUGUUGCUCAUGGACCUAGUGGAGCUGGGCUCGCGCUGCGGCGGGCCAGGGGGUGGCUACGUGCCCAGGUGUCGCUACGGAGGGGUUGGUGGCCCGGGCGCGGCGGGCGUGACCCCGCACUGGCGGAGCUGCGAGCACUGUCAGCGAGCGGUCAGCAGCUCGUCCAUCUUCUCGCGCAGCGCCCUGAGUAUCUGCGCCAGCCCGCGGGCCGCCCAGGGCCCCGGAGCGAGUGCGGGGUGCGGGGGCAGCCGCUUCUCGCUCAGCCGCCUCUACGGCUCCCGGCGCAGCUGCCUGUGGCGCAGCCGGAGCGGGAGUGUCAACGAGGCGAGCUGCCCCACGGAGCAGACGCGUCUGUCGAGCCAGGCCAGCAUGCGGGACAACGAGGACGACGAGGACGAGGAGGAGGCCGGGCCACCGCCGCCCUACCACGACGCCCUCUGCUUCCCUGUCCUCAUCGUCCAUCGGCAGGAGGGGUGUCUGGGCCACAGCCACCGGUCACUGCACCGCCAUGGCUCCUGCGUGGAGACCUCACUGUGACCUCCUGCCUUUGGAGGGAGCCUGUCCUGGUGUUGUGCUCCCUGUGUGUAGCAGAGAAAGGCAGGAUGGUGGCUACGGCCAGGCAGGGUAUGAGGGAAGGCAGGAGGUGAGGGGCACGCUCAGACAAGACCUCAGUGAUCUGAGACUGCUUCCCUGUACACAGACAGGAUGGGAGAUAGGCAGCUCUCUAAGAACCCCAUCCACCGGGGCAGAGGUGGUUCUCUUCCGGUCCCGGGGACACCACCUUUUCCGUGCACACUCGAGAUUUCCCUCCCAGGCUUUCAUCGAGUCUUGACUGUUAGUAUGUUGUGGGACCCGUUUCUGGCCUCCCCACCAAGGGAGCCAUCAUGAUGGGUAGCAAGAAAAGCAUUUGAGGCUUUUUUUUUUUUUUUUUUGCCGUCCCCUUCCCCCACCCCCGUGAAGAGGGGCUGUGGUUUGGUGAAGAGCUGCAGAGUUGGCUCCCAACCAGCUACUGUGUUCACCGGGUCUGAGGGUGGGGCCAGGAGGCAAGCCCAGUAUUCCUCUCCACACCUUGAAAAGAGUUCUGUCCUCUCAGGCUCUGCCGCCGGGGAAAACCUGCGGUUCCUCUCUGCCACACCCAUCACUGUUGUUUGUUUCACUGAGCCCCAGAGGUCCGGUCCUGGAGGGACUUUUCAUCACAUCAAUGACGUCACUCACCUCGGGGCUUACUGGCUCUGAAGAGCUGUUGUCAGGGUGCAGGGCGAGGGAAGAGAAGCUGGGAGGGCAUGGCAGGCCCUUUCUGGAAAAGACUCAGCCUCUCAUCCAUCAGCUUCCUCCCCUGGGUUCUGGGUCGGUGCUUCCAUAAAGGAGGCUGAGGUGCCAUCUUGGAGGUCCUUAUUAAAGUUGGCCAAGGUGAGUGACCAAGUGGACAGAGCUUGAGACACACCUUGAUGUGAGACCUCAGGAGCAGAGUUAGUAAUGGUGGGCAGACUGGAACCAGCCCUGAAGAUGUAGCGACCGGCGUGCUGUAGCUCCCCCCGGCCCCCAGACGCUUUAAGAAGGAUGUCCCUCACACAUGCCUCCGUAGAGCCGAGUCCAUCCCAAGCCCUAGCUAGAGAGAUACUCAUUUCCGGUGGCAGGAGUUCUGAUCUCGCCAGACCCUCCACUUCUUCCUAUCCUGUGAGUUGAAGCUCUAGGCCUUCAGAGGGGCGCCAUGCCACAGCCCCAGGGCACCAGCCCUUUGUCCUGUCCCUUUAAAGCCUUGACACCAACUUUGCUCUCCCACUCCCUAUCCCUUCACCCCAGUGUGCUUCAUUGUGCAUGUCUGUGUUUGGCCCCUUGCUCUCCCGGCUGCCCUGGCUGACGUUUUCCCAGCAGACUUAGUACCCAGGGAUUGGGCUCACACCCAUCCAAUCUUGCUCCCUCUGCUUCUUGCUUUGCCUUCACCAUCAGAACUCCAUCUUUCUGGUUUCCCCUCUUCUUCCUGGCUGUGCCAGUCCUAUGCCAACCAAUGGGAGUGGCCCCUACCUAUGCAAAAUCUCCUCUGGCUCCCCUUCCCCUUUUCCCUGGGGGAUGUGGGAAGCCCUGUUGUGGGGAUGCCACGGUCUAAGGCUCAAAUGGUUAUGCAGAGAUGGUUGGGUGAGGAGGGAGGGGUGUCAGAGAGGGAUAGGUUUGGGUAGAAGGGAUCAGCACAGCAGCCCACUGGGUUUCCUGGACAACAGUGUCCACUGGCCUGCUAGCACCGAACCUUCCAGGACCUUGAGUUUGAGCUCCGUGUGUGUGUGUGUGUGUGUGUGUGUGUGUGUGUGUGUGUGCGCGUGUGCGCGUGUGUGUGUGUGUGUGUGUGUGUGUACUAUUGGAGCACAGGUACUGAGUGAGCUGUGGCCUCAGGCCUCAGUUCUUGGCCAGCUGGCAUCUGAAUGUCUUGUUCUCAUUUAGGGGCAGCUUGGCCCUCUCACAGCUCCAAGGAGGGAAGGACUUGGCUCAACCUCCUUCAUUCUGGGUCCAGAAACCGAGCUUGGCCUUGGGAGAGGAGGAGGGGAAGCCCUGUUAUUAUUUUUGCCUGACCAUUCCUGCCUAGGUCUCCUCACACUGACAGCCUCACCUCCCACACACACGCACAGACUUAGAGAGAAAGCAAUUCUUUGGUCUCUUUUCUUGGUAGCUUUAUUGAUUGCCAGGGAAAAUGAAAACCAGAAAAUUAAUUAAUCUCUAAAAUUAAACUUUACACUGAAUGUUCUUGUUUCUCUAAUUAGAACCUCUGCUAGCAGCUGUGGCUACACACACACACACACACACACACACACACAGAGAGAGAGAGAGAGAGAUAGAAACACACACCCUCACAUCUACGUGUUUGCACUCUGGAACUGUCAGAGGGUGUCAGGUAUAGCGGACUCUAGGUUGCCCGGACAGGCACACACAUAGUCGCUCCCAAGCCCCCUCUGGUGCUCUGCUCAGCACCUGCUUGUUACAGAGAGUCCUUGGAGUGCAGGUCCCCCUGGAUUGCAGCUGCAGUCACCCGUCUUUGAGAUAGAUGGGCUCUGGGCCACUCAGCUCAAGGAGAGUUGGGAGAGGAGUUUAAAUCAGUCAGAUCCUCUUGUGAAUCCAUAGUCUGUGAUUCCUAUGGGUGUAGCCCCAGGGUGGGCAGUCACAACGUGGAAGGGACUCGAGGAGAGGGUACCUGGAAGACUGUAUGUCCUGAGGAUAAGGGCUUGUGGGGUGGGCUAGGCCUGGCUCGGGCGGGAGAAGACAGGUCUCUGUCAAAUUGGGUGCAUCACGCUGUGGCCUUCUUGUCAUGGGAUUCCAAGCGCAAAGAUUGUACAACUCAUACUGAUGGACAAUAAAAGUGUGGAUGACUCACCGG